UCAAAGAAACUAAGAAGUUUAUUCGAAAGCGUGGUUAGAAUUGAUUACUUAUUGUACGUAGUUAAUGAGAAAAAGUAAAAUGUGUACAUUAAACGCGUGUGAAUAUGACAUGCUUGAAAUGUCAGAUGUACAGGAAAACAUAUUCACUUUGCCUACUGAUACCAUAGACAAACAUAACACCAUACUUGUUUGCAAAAAAUGUGGUUGUCAAGAAGCGCAAAUUUCUUUGAAGAAUAAAAAUAAAUAUUGUAAAAUGUGUUUCUUAACUGUAUUGACACAUAAGUUUAGAGCGACGCUUGGUAAAUCCAAAUUAAUGCAGCCAUCUGAUUCAGUACUUGUUGCAUAUUCAGGAAAAGCAAAUUCAACUGUGCUUCUACAUCUCCUCAAAGGCAAUGUAAAUGAAUCAGUUUCUAAAAUGCUACACUUUUCAUUUAAAGUUCUUUACAUAGAUGAUGGUAUUGUGAAGGGACGUACAUUUAUAGAAAGAGAAUCUAUUCGAAAUGCAUUAGUUAAGGAAGCUAAAAGCUUACAAAUAACGAUGUACAUUUUACCUUUAUCAAAAUGUAUAACUGAUGCUACUUGUAAUAAAAUGGUACAGCCAGUAAAUAUUCCCCUUGUGAAUAUGACUAAUGAGGAUUCAAUGCUGCAAGAAAGCUUUAAUAAUUUAGAAAAUGAUACAGCAAGAGAUGAAUUAUUACAGCAGUUAAAACGAAUAUUACUUGUAUCUGCAGCACGUGAACUUAAUUGCAAUAAAAUUUUCAUUGCUGAUACAUCUGUUGAUCUUGCAAUAAAAGUUUUUUCGAAUAUAUCGACUGGAAGAGGGUAUCAAUUACCUUUUAAUGUUGCUUUCUCAGAUAUGAGACACACAGAUGUAAUAUUACUUAGGCCACUCAAAGAUUUCACAGGAGAUGAUGUAACUGGAUAUAUAAAUUGUUAUAAACUAUGUCCAAUUCUCAAUUCUCAGAAAUAUAAUUUUUCUUUUCCAUCGUCAAUAAGAAAUAUUGCAAGAAACUUUGUUCAUAAAUUGGAUUCUGAAUUUUUUGGCACUGUAUCUACAAUAUAUCGUACAAGUGAAAAAUUGGCCACAAACAUGGGAGGAUUGAAUAAAAUAAACAAUGAUAUGAAGAUUACCAUUGAUAGAGAUGUUAGUAAUACCUGUAUACUUUGCGAAGUAAGUUUAGAUUCGUGUUAUUUGCCAGAGGAACAAUUAUCAGUUAUAAAGGCAAAGUUAUUUUCUAAAUUAGUUUCUACAGUUACAGAAACUUCAUUAAACAUGACUAUGAAUUCUCUAAAUAUUUGUGAACUAUCAAAUAAUGAUCAUAUUGAAAAUAUAAAUGACUUCAGGAGAAAAAAAUGUCAAUGCCAAAGUGAUACUUGUGAUUUCUUUAUGAAACAAUCAAUAAUUGAAAAAUAUCUUUGUUAUAGCUGUAAACUUAUAUUUUUCGAUUCAAAACAAGAUAAUAUUUUGUCUAAUUUCAUUUUCAAAUCAAUUCUAAAAAGGUCACAACUUGCGUGUUUACAAAAAGAGAUAGAGGAUUUUUUAUUGUAA